UAGAUGACUCUGUAUUGUGCUGCAUCAUACUGUUUGUGUUAUUGAGGUUAAGAGGAAAGGAUAAAUGACAUGAAUAGUCAGAGAGAGAGAGAAUUACUCUCGCUCUCUCUCUCUUUCUCUCUCUGACUAGUCAUGUCAUUUAUCUUUUCCUUUUAACCUCAAUAACACAAACAGUAUGAUGCAGCACAAUAUGCACAGCACAAACCAGUACAAAAUGGGCGUGGUGUUCACUUGGGUUCUCAUAAAAAGCACUUCAAAAGAGCAGGUUGGAUGACCCAGACUGAUGAACUUAGAACAUGGCAGCAGUGAAAGCAUGCAAUAUCUUGAUCACCGGAGCCAACCGGGGCUUGGGCUUAGAAACUGUUAAGCAACUCUUGGAGAACUCCUGUCAAAAACAUAUUUUUGCUACCUGUCGUGACCCAGAUGGACCAAAGUCUGAGGCAUUGAGAGAACUGGCGAGAAAGCAUCCAAGUGUGAUCACUAUCAUACGUCUUGAUGUUGAUGAUCCGUGCAGUAUCAAAGAGUCUGCCAAAAAAGUGGGAUCUCUACUGGGAAACAAUGGUUUGAACCUGCUUGUGAAUAAUGCUGCAAUCGUGGCAAGAGGCACAAUUCAUACCAGUCGUGUUGAAGACAUGAAAAACACCUUUAACACCAAUGUUAUAGGACCCUUAUUAAUCAUUAGGGUAAUGUAGUAUUCACUGCUAAGAGCUCUAAAACAAAAAAUUUCCCAUUGUAAGUCAUUAAAGGGAUACUCCACCCCAAAAUGAAAAUGUUGUCAUUAAUCACUUAC